UUCCAUACACAGCUGAAAUGGCGACCGACUGCCAAGAAGAUUCUGACUCCGAAAAUCCCACCAAGCGCAUCAAAACCCAAAGCCCAACCCCAGAAAAUUCUUCCCCACCACCCCUUUUCAGCUCCAAAGGCAAAACCAAGCUCGAAUUGGAAACAAAUUGUUGUGGGAUUUGCUUAUCAGAAGCUGCUCGAGAUGACAACAGUGUCAGCAGAGGCUAUAUUGAUAGCUGCGACCAUUAUUUCUGCUUUGUUUGCAUUAUGGAAUGGGCUAAGGUCGAAUCCAAAUGCCCUUUAUGUAAACGUCGAUUCUCCACCAUUCGCCGCCCAGCUAAGCCUCCCAUUUUCCCCGCAGACCGCCUCGUUCAUGUCCCCGUGCGCGAUCAGGUGUACUAUUACGACGGGAAUGCUACAGUUGGACCACUUGAUCCGUAUUCAGAAGUCAAAUGUAGCGUGUGUCAGAGCUCGGUCGACGACAGGCUCCUUCUCUUGUGUGAUCUUUGUGACUCUGCGGCUCAUACUUACUGUCUUGGUUUAGGUGCAACAGUUCCUGAGGGUGAUUGGUUUUGCCAUGAUUGUACACUUUUGAGGGAUGAACGUAACAAGAGUGAGAUAGAUUCUGUUAACAAUAACAAUGAUGGAAAUCCGCCAAGCUAUGAACAUGUAUCAAUAUUUGAUGUUGUGCGAGAACCUAAAACCAGAUGUGUUGGAAGAUCUUCUGAAAGUUGCUUGUCGGUUGAUCAAGUUAGAGAUCUGGAAACGAGAUUGGGAGAUAAUGUGAACGUGUUGGAUUCAAGGAGACAGGCAGACAUUAUGCAAGGCGCAGCUCAGCUGACUGGCAGAACAUUGAGCAGAUGCCGCAAUGUCCAUAAUCGUAUACAAGCAUUGCGUGAUAAUUGGAACAGUUUUCGAUCUGGAUCCUUGAGCUUCUCAUCCGGCAAAAGAAAUUAUCGUUGUAGUGCUGAUAGGAAGCCUGAAAUUGGUGUUGAUUCAGUUCAACCAAGCUCAACAUCUUCCUUGAGUUUGAAAUCAAGACUGGAUGAUAGUAAUCCUGGUGCAAGUCAGAACAAAGAUUCCCGUGAAAUAGACAGAGCUUGGAAAAUGUUGGAUAUGGCGAAGUCAAUAGAAAAAAGAAAGAGCACUAGUUGUCAAUCGUCAAAAUUUAUAAGAUGCAAGUAUCAUUCAUCAGAUAGCAAACAGAGGAGCUCUGAAAAUCUUGGAGGCUUUAAGAAAGAACAGCGUCAAGAUUGUCAUUCUGUUUGGAAGGACAGCAAUAAGCACAAGCCGUUGAUGGUUGAAAGACAGAAUUGUCAUGACCAAGGGUUUGGAAAUGAUGGCAUAGGUUUUGCAAUUGCUCCUUUACCAUUAUACUAUCAGUUGAUAUCCUCUCAGGAUGUAAGGUGCCCCGUUCAACAUGAUGUUCCUCAUGGAAAUGUCAAAAAGCCAUCUGAGAAAAUAUCACUUGGAUCGACUUUUACUGUUUCUGAUAGCUGUAGCAGGCCUAUUUGCACUGGUUCUCCAGUUGAGCCUGCACCAGUGUCUUCAAAUUUGGUUUGUCCCAGUGUUGAGCUUAACUUCCCUUCCUCUUGCAAGAAAGAACCUUGGGUACAGAAAGGAGAAAGGCAGAAAUUUCCAGCUGACUCAAAGGCCAAGGAAAACUAUGAUGCCAAGAGUGAGAUUCAAUCUCUUGUCAAGCUCAACUUAAAGCUUCUAACGAAAGAUAAAAAGUUAGAGGCUAAUGUUUUCAAGGAAGUUGCAAGGCUUGCCACCCACACCAUCUUAGGUGCUUGCGGUCUGGAGCAGCCAAAGCACGGAAUUCAUCCCUCCCAAAGUUCUGUGUGCUGCCAUGAAAAGGACAAUCAACACUUCCGAAAAUCUACUCUGAUGCCUAAUUCUUGCAGAGAGUGUUUUUAUGUGUUUGUAAAGGAUGUGGUGAGUGCCAUUAUGUAUGAGAGAAUAAGGCAUGUGAAUACAUAGUGACGAGACGUGAAUCUUUGUACAAGUCCAUUGGAUGGUGAUGCAGGGGAAUGUCGUGCCCACCUUACCAUCCAGCCAUUUGAAGUCCGGGAGGUGCAUUUUUACAGCUUCCUGGCUGUAAGUUUUAGGCAUUCAUUUGUCUGAUCAAGUUGUAUAAAUUCAUCCUCGACCAAUUCUUAUCAUUUUUCCUGACAAUGAAAUGUAUUAGGAUCAAGGAGCUCAUUUAUUUAGUCAACU